CCCCACGAGCAAUCUCCCUUCCCCCUUUCUCCUACCUCGCAGCGCACCGCGCCCCCACCCCCAUGUCCUCGCCUUCCUCACCGCGCUCUUGCUCACGCAGCUUCGUGCUUCCACCGAACUAACGCCGAAGAAGCCUGCUGAUCUGCUCUCCUAAUGGUGGAGCUCACCGUCGGCUAACCCAUCGUCGUCCGGCGCGGCUCGGUUUCGGGUGGGCCUGUUUGGAAUCGCAUCUUGCGGUUUCUCGGAUCCUUCAGGGACGGCAGAUUUUGUUGUUGUUGGGGGUGUGGAUUUGGUUGGGGGGAGGAGGGCUGGUUGAAGAUUUGUGGCGGAAGCCGUUGGGGAAAUUGAUGGUGGGAUUCAUGGAGUGGGUGCACGAUUGGCUUCUGUGGGACGCCGUGCUGGAAUGCGGAGGGAUCCGGAGGCCACCGAUUAGAUAGCGGCUGGGGGAGGAGGGAGGAGAGGAGAGGAGCAGGCGGAGGCCGCAAUUAGCACCAGUAACCCCGAGGCGCGAGUCGACAAGCCAUGGGGGAAGACCUCGUCACCACCCUGUCCAUGGAGAACGGCGGCGGCGGCCAUCACAGCCUCUGCACCCUUCUCUCCAUGGAUCCCACCGGCCACCUCGACGACCGUGCCGUCGGCGUCAUGGUGCAGCCCCGCAUCGGGGACGGCGCCGGGCGCGCCCACGCCGUGUCGCUCUCCGGCGCGCCUCCGCCGGACAUCAACCAGCCGUGGCAGACUGACCUCUGCGACAUGCUCGACGUCAGCCUCGGCCCGCAUGUGUACGACGGCGAGGCUCUCGCCGUGCUGAGCAGUGCUCCGAAGGCUGGGAACCGGAAGGCCGCCAAGCGCGGGGACAGCAUCUGGGGCGCUUGGUUCUUCUUCACGUUCUACUUCAAGCCCCUGCUUUCAGAUAAGUGCAAAGGCAAGGUCUCCCGGGACGCCAAUGGUGUGUCAGGGUUUGACAAGACGGAUCUCCGGCUUGACAUGUUCAUGGUGCAGCACGACAUGGAGAACAUGUACAUGUGGGUGUUCAAGGAGCGGCCGGAGAAUGCCCUUGGCAAGAUGCAGCUGAGGAGCUACAUGAACGGGCACUCUCGCCCUGGUGAGCCGCAGUUCCCGUUCAGUGUUGACAGGGGAUUUGUCCGAUCACACCGGAUGCAGCGCAAGCACUACCGUGGGCUCUCAAAUCCACAGUGUAUUCAUGGGAUUGAGGUGGUAAGAUCACCAAGUCUUGCAAGCAUAACUGAGGCAGACAGGAGGAGGUGGGUGGAGCUCACAGGGAGGGAGCUCAAUUUCGCUAUCCCACUGGAGGCCUGUGAUUUUGGAACAUGGAGGACUAUGCCAAACACAGAGAUUGAGCUGGACAGACCACAUCCUGUCAUGAAGGGCAAUGUUAACCAGCACCCAAAGAAGAUGCUUAACGGAUCUGGCUUGAAUUUGUCAUCACCCUCCAAUCACUCGGGAGAAGAUGGCAUGGAUCUCUCCCCAGUUAGCAGCAAGCGCAGGAAGGAGGUGUUUCCGCAUGCCAUGGAUGAGGAAUGCUUCUUGCCACUUAACUCUUGCGGUGAGAGGACACAACAGGAUGUGGAGAUGCAUUCAAUAGUGCAGCCUUCAUGGCUGCAUGAAUUUUCCGGAGUCAUGAAAAAGGCUCACGGGCCAGUGACUGCCGCCAAGUCGAUUUACGAGGACGAUCAGGGCUACUUGAUAAUGGUCAGCUUACCAUUUGUUGAUCAGCAGAAGGUGAAAGUUUCAUGGAGGAACAAUUCUACUCAUGGUAUAGUGAAGAUCCUUUGUGUUAGUACAGCCCAAGCGCCAUAUGUCAGAAGGCAUGAAAGGGUUUUCAAGCUUGCUGAUCCUACGGCUGAGCACUGUCCUCAGGGGGAAUUCGUCCGUGAAAUACCUCUUGCAACACGAAUCCCUGAAGACGCCAAGCUGGAGGCAUACUUUGAUGAGGCUGCUGCAGUGCUUGAGAUCAUGGUUCCCAAACGCGGAAAUGAGCCAGAAGAACAUGAAGUUAGAGUCUCUAUGCGCCCUCCUCACCUUGCAGCUAACGAUCUACUUCUGACAUAACCAAUGGAAGUUCUGUCAACCUUGUGGAUCUUGUUUCUGACCACCAGAUUAAUGCCUCAAUGGCUGAGAAGGUACCAGCAUGACCAUCUGUUUAGAGUUUUGCUUUCUGCGUAUUUGUCGUACUGUACUAGGCCUCUUCAGCGAAGUCUGCUGAAGGUUCCUCAGUUUAUUCUAGUAUGUUACUAUGACGGGUGUCUUUUUAGCCCUCAUGCUCUCCUUUGUAGAAUAUGGCUAGAUUGCUUGUUCUAGAAUUUGUUCCGAGUUGAAUUAACCAGAAAUAAAUUGUCUGAAUUACUAUUCC